GCUGCCCACAGGGCAGCAGCUGGUGCAAGUAGCCUAGCUGGAGAAGCCCACCUCAGGAAGAAGGGAGGCCGCCGACCUACUGGGCGGACGGACUCCCGCACAGAAGGUCUGGGGGUCCUCGAACUCGAAACGCAGCAUUGGAAGAAAGGAAGGCGAACGCACCCUCCCCGCGAGGCCGCAAAUCCUGCCAUAGGUCCACCUUCGAGGCUAGAUUCUUAAAGGGCCCGCUGGCCUCGGGGCGGAGCCAGCAGAGGCUCGAGCUGGGGCAGUGCUUGGGCGAAGGGCCGGAGCGGGCUUGGCUGGUACCAGGAUGGCGGCGGCCCUGGCGUGGGUCCUGGUGGCGCCUGGUGCGAGUUCCUGAGCUGCUACCAGGCAGGUGACACUUCCUGUAGCCCCCAGCAUGCGGGCAGGACUGGGUCCCAUCAUCACACUGGCCCUGGUGCUGGAGGUAGCAUGGGCCCUGGAACUUAAGCCCACAGUGCCACCCAUCUUCACUGGCCGACCCUUUGUGGUCGCAUGGAAUGUGCCCACACAAGAAUGUGCUCCGCGCCACAAAGUGCCCCUGGACCUUAGGGCCUUCGAUGUGGAGGCCUCACCUAAUGAGGGGUUUGUCAACCAGAACAUCACCACCUUCUACUACGACCGUCUAGGCCUGUAUCCACGUUUCGAUGCAGCUGGGAUGUCUGUGCACGGUGGUGUGCCUCAGAACGGUAGCCUCUGCGCACACCUGCCCAUGCUGAAGGAAUCUGUGGAGCGCUACAUUCACACCCAGGAGCCUGGGGGGCUGGCAGUCAUUGACUGGGAGGAAUGGAGGCCUGUAUGGGUGCGAAACUGGCAGGAGAAGGAUGUGUACCGGCAGUCUUCACGCCAGCUGGUGGCCAGUCGACACCCCGACUGGCCACCAGACCGAAUAGUAAAGCAGGCGCAGUAUGAGUUUGAGUUUGCUGCUCGGCAGUUCAUGUUGAAUACACUACGCUAUGUCAAGGCAGUCCGACCUCAGCACCUCUGGGGCUUCUACCUCUUUCCUGACUGCUAUAAUCAUGAUUAUGUCCAGAACUGGGAGAGCUACACAGGCCGCUGUCCCGAUGUGGAAGUGGCACGCAACGACCAGCUGGCCUGGCUCUGGGCGGAGAGCACCGCUCUCUUUCCCUCUGUGUACCUGGAUGAGACACUGGCUUCCUCCACACACAGCCGCAACUUUGUGAGUUUCCGUGUUCAGGAGGCCCUUCGUGUGGCUCACACCCACCACGCAAACCAUGCCCUCCCAGUGUACGUCUUCACACGCCCCACAUACACCCGAGGACUCACAGGACUGAGUCAGAUGGACCUCAUCUCUACCAUCGGUGAGAGUGCAGCCCUGGGCUCAGCUGGUGUCAUUUUCUGGGGCGACUCAGUGUAUGCGUCAAGUAUGGAGACCUGCCAGUACCUCAAGAAUUACCUAACACAGUGGCUGGUUCCCUACGUAGUCAAUGUGUCCUGGGCCACCCAGUACUGCAGUUGGACCCAAUGCCAUGGCCAUGGACGCUGUGUGCGCCGCAAUCCCAACGCCAAUACCUUCCUGCACCUCAGUGCCAGCAGCUUCCGGCUAGUGCCUGGCCGUACACCUAAUGAACCCCAGCUUCGACCCGAGGGGAAGCUCAGCGAUGCCGACCUCAACUACCUGCAGACGCACUUUCGCUGCCAAUGCUACUUAGGCUGGGGUGGCGAGCAAUGCCAAAGAGACCAUAAGCGGGAAGCUGGAAGUGCCAGGAGAGCCUGGGCUGGGUUCCACCUCAUCGCUCUGCUGGCUUUAGUAGCCAUGGCCCUUACCUGAACCUUAUAAAGGGGUCUCCCCCCGGGAUAUCACUCCAGCUGGCCUCUGGCACAAGGAUCUGGGCAUGAGGAGCCUGUUGGGGGUAGACAAAUGAAUUUGGCAUGCGCAGAACCCCCAGGAUGCUUAACAGGCAUCCAUAGCAGCUGUCACCCCCCUGUUCUAAGGGGGAGAGAAAAAUCCCCCGAGAAGCCCCUCAUCUUGCCAGUGAAGGAGGAGGCUACAGCUAAGCCAGGGAAGGCCUGACUCUGAUUCCCUGCUCCUGGAUAGUUUAUAGUUCUGGGGUCUCUUUUGUAAAUUAAAUAUAAAACAACUGUG